CCUAAAGCUCCUCCUUUUCUCCCUUCCCCUCUCCACAUUUCCUCACCUCCUCUGCAAAAUGGCUGCAUCUCGUCUCUCCCUCCGCCACCUCCGCCGCUUCACCACAGAUUCCACCACAACCACAUUAACAACCCCCAAGAUCUCCGCCUCCAAAGCCAAAAGCAUCCUCCGCAAACAACACGACCCGGACAAAGCCCUCGAGAUCUACUCCAACGUCUCCAACCACUCCUCCUCCCCCGUCUCCUCCCGCUACGCCCAAGAGCUCACCGUCCGCCGCCUCGCGAAAUGCAACCGAUUCUCCGACAUCGAAUCCCUAAUCGAGUCUCACAAAGACGACCCACGAAUAAAGGAGGAGCCUUUCUACUCCACACUCAUCAGAUCUUACGGCCGUGCAUCCAUGUUAGAUCACGCCGUCAAGGCUUUCGAGGAGAUGGGUUUGUACGAGACGCCGAGAACAGCUGUUUCGUUUAACGCUUUGUUAACGGCUUGUCUUAAUUCCGGGAAGUUUGAGAGAGUCCCCCAACUGUUCGACGAAAUGCCUCAGAGGUUUAGUUCCAUUAUCCCCGAUAGAGUUUCUUACGGGAUAUUGAUUAAAUCUUAUUGUGAUUCUGGGUCGCCUGAGAAGGGUAUUGAGAUUAUGAGAGAGAUGGAAGGUAAAAGAAACAUGGAGGUUACUACAAUUGCUUUCACUAUUAUCUUAGGCUCUUUGUAUAAGAAUGGGAAAGUUGAGUUAGCUGAGGGGUUGUGGAACGAGAUGGUGAAGAAAGGCAUUGAGAUUGAUAGUGCGGCUUACAAUGUUCGUUUAAUGAGUGCUCAGAAGGAAGGGCCUGAGAAAGUUUGGGAGUUGAUUGAGGAGAUGAGUGUUAAGGGCGUGAAGCCUGAUACGAUUAGUUACAAUUAUCUUAUGACGGCGUAUUGUGAGAAGGGGAUGUUGGAUGAGGCUAAGAAAGUGUUUGAAGGGCUUAAGAGGAAUAGGUUGGCUCCUAACGCGGCGACGUUUAGGACGUUGGUGUUUCAUUUGUGUGACAGUGGGUUGUAUGAGCAAGGGUAUGCGAUUUUUAAGAAGAGUGUGGGUAUGAAUAAGAUUCCGGAUUUUAAUACUUUGCAGCAUUUGGUUGUUGGGUUGGUGAGGAACAAGAAGGUGAAUGAUGCUAAAGGGUUGAUUAGGACGGUGAAGAAGAAGUUUCCUCCGAGUUUUUUGAAUGCGUGGAAGAAACUUGAGGAGGAAUUAGGUCUGGAUACCAAAACCGAUGCUUCUUCAACUCCUGCUUAGUAAAGCUCAUGAGUGUUGCAAUUGAAGAUCUGAUUCUUUUGCUUGAGCUUUUUUUUUACUUAUAACUUGUUCUCAUGCAUUUUUACUUUCCUCAUAAAGUAGCUUGUGAAAGCUUGAAGUUUUUGUUGGUGGAAUCUAUUGAGCUUCAUAGAGUUAAAUGUUGUUAUGUUCUAUACACUUUGUGCUUCGUGAUGAAUUCAAUUUCUUUUGUUUUAUGUUCUGUAUAUACAUACAAAGCCUCGGGUUAUCGACGGAGAGU